GCUAGGAUUAUUAAGGACAAUUUUUUUUUUCUUGCUGGAUACAGCACGUAUAAUCCUGAGCGGACAAGAUAGCGCCAUCUUACCCGCUCGGGUAGCUAAUAUUCAACACAGUGUAGAAUUUAGUUCAUCUUGCCCGCUUACCGAGCAAGACAUGAUAAGUUACAAUAUCGCUGAGCGGUUGAACAUGACAUUUGCUGUUAAAAUUUAUUUACAAGUGCUAAAUGCCAGUCCUCAACAAAAAGGCGAACAUUUCUUCUUUACAGUAGUUUCUUUCGUGAAGAAACCAGCUCCUUUAAUCAAACAAUCAAAGAGACCGACCGAGUGACGAGGAGUAAACCCGCAGGCCUCGUAGCUCCAGAAGCCCAGGCUUCUUUGUGUUGAAAUCUUAAAUCAGGAGUGCAAACAAUUAUUGCAUCAGCGCUGUAGCAACUUUCCAUAUAUAAUCCUCCGUUCGACUUUGGGGGAUUUUGAUCAUGACGAGUGAAAGUGAGGCCUGGAUAAAGGAGGGCUUAGAUCGUUGCCGUGACAACCGCGCUUACCUAUGUAACAAAAUAUUACAUUUGAUACUGGUUUUAUCUUUUACCGAUUGCGUAUCCUCCCCUCAGCUUCCUCACGCGAAACCCGGCAAAGCAAAUUUUUCGUCUCUGAAAAGGCACUGACUAGAUAAAACUCUCACUUGACUGAACUUGCCAAAGACUUCCAAUACAAAACUGUCCCGCCUUGUCUUCACAAUCCAACAUGGCAGUGACUGGAGAUAAGUUGUCAUAUGGCUGGCUGAGAUUUCGUCCGAGAUGGCUGCAGUUCCUCAACACUCCAAAAUGGUUCUUGUUCUUCUUGAGUCAGUAUUUCUUCACACAGAGUAUCGUUGUUAAUGGGGUCUAUCCAGGGUCCAUCAGCACUAUAGAGAAGCGGUUUGGUUUCUCAAGUUACAUGAUGGGCAUGGUGACCAGCAGUUAUGACGUAGCAGCCAUGAUCGUAACUCCGCUGAUUAGCUACCUCGGAGGCUCACGAAAGAAGCCAGUGUUCUGUGCCUGGGGCGUGUUUGCAAUGGGCGUGGGUUUCUUUAUUUUCAUGCUGCCGCAUUUUGUCUCGCCUCCUUACGAAGCAGGUAUGUUCAUCACGAUAGGGCGAUCUUUGCAUAGGUCAUUUUUUAAAUUUUGCUUCAUUGGCAUACGAGAGAAAGAUUGAUUACAAUAAAAGGAGCUCAGUCACGGUAUUUUGAGAUAUUUUGGCCACGUACCAG